AUGAACAUCAAGGAACUCAAGAAGCUCCUUGAUGCGGUAAACGCCAAGCGUGCUGCGAAGGGACUCAAGUCGGUUUGCAUCAACACGAAGCUGGCAAAGGCUGCGCAAGUCUUGGCGAGUGAUAACGCCAAGAACAACAAGGUCACCACCAAGGGCUCUGAUGGUUCGACUCCGUCGUCGCGCUACAGCGCUCAGAAAAUCAAGACAACACAGUCGGCCGAGCUUGUGGCCGCUGGUCAAGCGAGCGUAGACGCGGUCGUGGCGACUUGGAUCAAGUCUUCAAGUGCUUACUUAUACAGUGACCUCAAGUUCAUCGGCCCUGGCUACGCCUACGACAAGACCAAGACAUAUAAACACUACUGGGUGCUCGACCUCGCUAACGCCAAUGGUGAGGCCUGUGCAUAA